AACUCUAGAUGAAUCCAGUAGUAAGACAUUCACGUCCCAAAAGCUUCAGUAGCUCUAGCUAGCUCUUCCUCUUCGUUGGAAGAAAGAAGAAUGAUUCAGAAUCUCGGAACUUCACAGAUGCUUAUUCCCAUGACUCUCUGCCUCGGCCUUCUCGGGGCUCUGAUAAUCUUCCUCCACAAAACGUUGCUGAAGCCACUCCUGCUGCAGCGCCGGCUUAAUUCCCUUGGAGCCAGAGGACCUUCCUACAAGUUCUUCUUCGGGAACACUGUGGAGAUGAAGAAGCUGAUUCAGGCGUCAAUGGCGAAACCCAUGACAGGGCUCUCUCACGACAUCUAUUCCAGGUUGCAGCCUCACCUCUCUGCUUGGACCAAGGCUUACGGGAGGAAUUUCACGUUCUGGUUCGGCCCUAUGCCGUUCUUGGUCCUGUCGGAGCCGGAGCUGGUGAAGGAAGCGGCGGCUGAUCGGGAGAAAGCUUUCCGGAAAAUCGAGCUCAAAGGACCCAUAAAGAGGAUGCUUGGAGAUGGGCUGGUGACAUCUGAGGGCGAGAAGUGGGUCAAGAUGAGGAAGUUGGCCAACCACUCUUUCUUUGGCGAGAGCUUGAAGAACAUGACUCCGGCCAUGAUUGCUAGCACAGAAAUGAUGCUUGAGAGGUGGAAGGAUCACGUCGGCAAGGUGAUUGAGGUGUACGAAGAAUUCAAGUUCUUAACUUCCGAGGUCAUUUCCAGGACUGCUUUUGGGAGUAAUUUCGCUGAAGGGAAGCGCAUUUUCGAGUUGUUGAACAAGAUGGGUGAGCUCGCUGUAUCCAGUCACUUGAAAAUUAGGAUUCCUGGAAUCAGCAAGAUAUACAAAAGCAGAGAGGAUGCUGAAGCGGACAAGCUCGAACAAGGCAUACGAACCGUGAUAUUAAGAAUGCUGAGAAAGAGAGAAGAAAUGGUGGUGAAUGGAGAAGCAGAAAACUUUGGAAGCGAUUUCUUUGGAUUGCUUCUGAGUGCUUUACAUGAAAGCGAUGAAUCCAAGCGGAUAUCGGAGGAUGACCUCAUAGAUGAGUGCAAGACAGUGUAUCUUGCUGGACAAGAAACAACUAAUACUCUGCUGUCAUGGGUUAUGCUGCUUCUAUCGAUCAAUACAGAUUGGCAGGAGAAGGCGAGAACGGAAGUUCUGACUCAUUUGGGCGACCGAGCACCUGAUGCAGAUGGGAUUUUGAAGCUCAAGACUUUGGGCAUGAUAAUCAACGAGACCCUGAGAUUAUAUCCUCCUGCAAUUGGGAUGGCUCGUAAAGUUGUCAAGGAAGUUCAACUCGGGAAGCACACUCUCCCAAAGAACACCCACUUCACCAUCGACACUCUAGCUCUUCAUCAAGACCCUAAAACUUGGGGGGAAGAUGCCCUUCAGUUCAAUCCAGGGAGGUUCUCUGAAGGAGUUGCUGGAGCAACGAAGAGCAAUGCAUCUGCAUUUAUCCCGUUUGGGAUAGGACAUCGAGUUUGCGCAGGGGCUAACUUCGCAGCAAACGAAGCGAAGAUCGCACUUGCCAUGAUCCUUCAGCGCUAUACGUUCACGCUCUCCCCUGCUUAUGUGCACUCUCCACGUCAAUCCAUAACAAUCCGCCCGGAGCACGGAGUUCAGGUCAUCCUCCAUGCUCUGUAGUAGUGGUGCAUUGGUAUGGUAGGUGUUGAUUGUGGGAUGUGUUACUGCGUGGAUGUGGGGAUUGGAAACAAGGCAGGAGAAUGUAUAUUUGACUAGAAUAAACGAUUAAUACCUGGUCAUAGGUUUAUGGUGUGAUGCUUCUAUAAGCAUGUUUUAUAUGUACUGUUGUUUGGUAAAGAAGCAUGCGAUCCGCUAUGAUUGAAGAGGCGCUGUUGUUUUACAGAUUUGCUUUCUGGAAAGAGAUAAGGGGAUUGAUUCCCUUGUGCAGUCGUGCACCUAUGUUUAUGCAUAGUAAAUUUCCAUUUGAUUUUACAUCAAGUGUUUAGUUUCAUCCGAAUGUACCAGAUUCAUCUUUGAAGUUGUUUUAAUCUUUAGCAAGUUAAUCAUUUUCUCCGAUAAAUA